AUGAUCAUGUUGAAUACCAUUGUCGACAUGUUCUUCUCUUUGGUUUCUGUUAUCUUGAUGGGGGUAAGUUUUUACUUGGAAGCAAGGUCACAUAGUAUCAUUUUAUUGUUCUAAUUUGCAUUACAAGUACCUAGUACUGUAUUAUUGUACUAAUUUUCAUUAUAUAUUGCAUUCCAAUCUAUGCUAUGAAAGUUAUAAUAAAAGUUCAAAAGAUAAUGUUAACAUCACGUUUCAGACUCUAGACGUUCGAUCCGGUCUCCUCUACAUAAUCAUCGACAACCCUUACCAUCCAGUAAACUCUUCUCUUGGCGCCUUUACUGCUUCCUUUUGGACCUUCUCUUUGUAUCUUACUGUAGUCGCAAUUCCAUUACAGUUCAUUUACCGUUACGGUAUCAUUGCCAGACACUCACCUUAUUCCCGAGGUCAAUUGAUGUUAAUGAUAUUGGGAUUUGUUGCUUACAUUACUGUACAUUCCUUUUUGUGUCCAGUUACUAUGCACGAGAAGAGUAAGGUGUACGAUGACAUGUUGGAGCUGAAUCCGAUAUUCAAAAACAACCUGCCUAAUGCUUAUUUGGUCGGGGAUUCGGUAAGUGAAGUUGGAAGUGUUCUGUACUGUACUGUUUUGUACGUUUACUGAUGGGUUAUAUGGUAAUAUAGUAAACAGAGUAAUACAGGAUAUAAAAAUAAGGAAUAGCCUGAUUUAAAAAAAAAUAUUUUUUUGAUCAAAAAAGGGUAAAAUACGAUAACUGCUGUGAAACUGGUCUAUUUCAGCGUACGUUUAACAUGAACAGGCUACACGUUCUUCACUGUCAAAUCGUACUUAUCGUAUGUUAUGCCUUUACCAUAGUGUUUGGAUAUAAAACCUGGAAGAUCAUGAAGUCACAUCAGCAUGAACUGACUCCAGAACGGCGCGAAAUGCAAACUGAAAUCAGUCGAAUUAUUGUUUUGCAGGUAAUUGUUAAAAGGUUUGUAAUAAACCUUGAGAAAGGGCACAAAAUUAUUUGAACCGCUCAAAAUAAAUUUAUAAUAGUUUUUUAAAAAUUAAUUUUAAAAUUCAAAAAGUUUAAAAUCGUUAAGCAGUUUUUUAAAAUUAAAAAAAAUUCAAAUUGUACCAUUUACAGGCCAUAUACCCAGUCGUGGCGAUGGCUAUUCCUCUAUUUUUCUUAGCCGCCGUUCCCUUUAUGCAUGAUGAAAGUGGCGACAAAUUCAACUUUUAUUGGUUGGGAAUGGUCGGCAUUGGCUUGGUCAAUCUCAUCCCCAUCUUGAACUGUAUAUCAGUUAUCUUUGUGAUUCCACAGUAUAGAAAAGCUGUUUUCUGUAACUAA